AUGCAUGCUUUUACCAGUGGAGAUUCUUUCAAGACUAUUUCUUCUUCCUUUUGGUGGCGCGAUUUAUUAAAGGUUGGUAUUUCUACUCCGUCCCAAGAGGAUCCUUUUUCUUCCAAUUGUAGUUUUGUUGUGGGUAAUGGUUUUACUACCCCUUUUUGGGAAGUUGUUUGGUUAAAUAAUAUUUCAUUGAAGGAUUUUUUUCCGGAUCUUUUUGAGCUUUCUACUCUUAAAAAAGUGUCUGUUGCGGCUAUGGGAGGUUGGCGAGAGGAGGAAUGGGUUUGGGGUGAUUUAGGAAUUACGGAGGAGGAAGUGGUGCAAGCGGGUUUAGUAUCGGAGUUGGGGGUGCUCCGGUCCCUCCUUGAGAAUUUUGGGGGUUUGAAAGGUGGUAGAGAUUCCGUGAGUUGGAGUCUUGAGUCGGAAAAGGUGUUUUCGGUAGCUUCGUGUUACAACUGGUAUGUUUCAUUGCGUACUCCGUUUGGUCCAUCUAAAAGGUGUGAGGAGGCUUUGGAAAUUGUUUGGAAAUUGGAGGUCCCUUAUAAGAUUAAAGUUUUUGCUUGGAGGCUUUUUGUGAAUAGGCUACCCACCAAAGAUCUUUUAGUGUAUAGAGGUAUUUCUUUUGCUUCUUCUAAUUCUAGUUUAAAUUGCAUUUUUUGUAACACGCAUUUGGAAGAAAAUGAUCAUACUUUCUUUAAAUGUGUUGUGAUCAAAGUUGUUUGGAGGGAAAUUGGUGUGUGGUUGGAUUUUCCGGAUCGGAGAGAGGAGGAGGGAAUGUCUUCUUUUAUGGAAUGGUUUUUCAUCGGUUGGAGAAAGGGAAUUAAAGACGGUAAAUUGGGGGUGUUUUGGCUAGCCGUUUGUUGGAGUAUUUGGUUAACAAGAAACGGAUUUUGUUUUAGGAAUGAUAAGUGGAAUAUUAACAAUAUAGUUUGGAAUAUAAAGUUUUUGGUGUGGAGGUGGGCUUCCUAUGGCGAGAUUGCUUAUUCCAAUUGCAAUUUUUACGAUUUUUGCAAAGACCCUUUGUCUUUUAUGUCGUAA